CGGUUGACUGGUAAAGGGCUGGGCCGGUCUACAUGUGAGGACAGGAUAGAGCGACGGAAGACGCUCUCCUGCGGAGUCUGCGUGGAAGGUAAGGUCGGUCCGAUUCCCAGGAUCUCCCAAGUGACUCUGAGCCGCGGAUCACUGGAUGUUCCUGAUUCCCGGGACCCGAUCCCCGACUUCAGAUCCUCAGGACCUUCCAAGUCGGAGCUCGGAUUUCUCCCUGGGCUCCAGAUUCCGGGAACGGGACCUCCAGCCGGACUUCGGAUCUCCAGAUCCCUUAGGAGAUUCCCGGUCCCGACCGGAUUCCUGAUCUCGAGAUCCCUGGAUCCGUCGCCCCUGGCUCCAGCCCUGUCCUGAGUCCGUAGAGCCGGGCUCCCGACGCCCGAGCGCCCCCGCAUGGCGGGGCCGUGCUCGCGACCCGGGGCUCUAGAGCGCGCCGGCAGCUGCUGGCAGGACCCGCUAGCCGAGGCACUGAGCAGGGGCCGGUCGAUCGCGGCACCCCCGGGCCGGGUCGGCGUGCGAAGCCGGCCGCUCAGCGUGGUCUACGUGCUGACCCGGGAGCCGCAGCCCGGGGUAGAGCCGGACACAGGAGCCGAGGUGGAGCCGCUGCCCCUUCGCUGCCUGCGCGAGGCCUCCGCGCAGCUCCCAGGACCACGGCCGCGGCCGCAGCUGCGCACCCUGCCCUUUGGGAAGCUAGCGCUUGGAGACACGGAGGCGCUGGAUUCCUUCUACAACGCGGAUGUAGUGGUGCUGGAGGUGAGCAGCUCCUUGGCACAGCCCUCCCUGUUCUACCACCUUGGUGUGCGUGAGAGCUUCAGCAUGACCAACAACGUGCUUCUCUGCUCCCAGGCUGACCUGCCUGACCUGCAGGCCCUACGGGAGGAUGUUUUUCAGAAGAACUCAGAUUGCGUUGGCAGCUACACGCUGAUCCCCUAUGUGGUGACAGCCACUGGUCGGGUGCUGUGUGGUGAUGCAGGCCUCCUGAGGGGCCUGGCUGAUGGGCUAGUGCAGGCCAGGGCGGGCACUGAGGCCCUGCUCACACCCCUGGUGGUCCGGCUUGCCCGCCUACUGGAGGUCACACCCACAGACUCUUGUGGCUAUUUCCGGGAGACCAUUCGGCAGAACAUCCGGCAGGCCAGGGAGCGGCUCAGUGGGCAGCAGCUGCGGCAGGAGCUGGCUCGUCUGCAGCGGAGACUGGACAGCGUGGAGCUGCUGAGCCCCGACAUCAUCAUGAACCUGCUGCUCUCCUACCGAGAUGUGCAGGACUACUCGGCCAUCAUUGAACUGGUGGAGACGCUGCAGGCAUUGCCUACCUGUGAUGUGGCUGAGCAGCACAACGUCUGCUUCCACUAUACAUUUGCCCUCAAUCGGAGGAACAGGCCUGGGGACCGAGAGAAGGCACUGGCUGUGCUGUUGCCACUGGUACAGUGUGAGGGCUCUGUGGCACCUGACCUAUACUGCAUGUGUGGCCGUGUCUACAAGGACAUGUUCUUCAGCUCUGGCUUCCAGGAUGCUGGGCACCGGGAGCAGGCCUAUCACUGGUAUCGGAAGGCUUUUGAUGUUGAGCCCAGCCUUCACUCAGGCAUCAACGCCGCUGUGCUCCUCAUUGCUGCUGGGCAGCACUUUGAGGACUCUGAUGAGCUCCGGCUCAUUGGCAUGAAGCUGGGUUGCCUGCUGGCCCGAAAAGGCUGUGUGGAGAAGAUGCAGUAUUACUGGGAUGUGGGCUUCUACCUGGGAGCUCAGAUCCUUGCUAAUGACCCCACCCAGGUGACACUGGCUGCAGAGCAGCUGUACAAGCUCAACGCCCCCAUAUGGUAUCUGGUGUCCAUGAUGGAAACCUUCCUGCUGUACCAGCACUUCAGACCCACACCAGAGCCCCUUGGAGGACCCCCACGCCGUGCCCACUUCUGGCUUCACUUCUUGCUACAGUCCUGCCAGUUGGUCAGAACCACCGGUCCCCAAGGGAACCAGUGCUUGGUACUGGUUCUGGAGAUGAACCAAGUGCUGCUGCCGGCAAGGCUCGAAGUCCAGGGCAUGAAUCCCGUGAGCUCAGUGACCCUCAGCCUGCUGGAGCCUGAGGCCCAGAACGUUCCUUCCAGCUUGACCUUCUCAGUCGCCUCCAUCUGUGGUGUCAGCGCCUCCAAAAGGGACGAGCGCUGCUGCUUUCUCUACGUGCUCCCCCCGGCUCAGGACGCCCAGCUGUGCUUCCCCAGCGUGGGGCACUGCCAGUGGUUCUGCGGCCUGAUCCAGGCCUUGGUGACGAAUCCGGAUUCUACGGUGCCCGCGGAAGAGGCGGAGGGCGUGAGGGAGGUGCUAGAGUUUGAUUACGAGUACACGGAGACAGGCGAGCGGCUGGUGCUGGGCAAGGGCACCUACGGGGUCGUGUACGCGGGCCGCGACCGGCAUACGCGGGUACGCAUCGCCAUCAAGGAGAUCCCGGAGCGGGACAGCAGGUUCUCUCAGCCCCUGCAUGAAGAGAUUGCUCUGCACAAGCGCCUGCGCCACAAGAACAUCGUGCGCUAUCUGGGCUCAGCUAGCCAGGGCGGCUACCUCAAGAUCUUCAUGGAGGAGGUGCCUGGAGGAAGCCUGUCCUCCUUGCUGCGGUCAGUGUGGGGACCUCUGCAGGACAACGAGAGCACCAUCAGUUUCUAUACCCGCCAGAUCCUGCAGGGACUCAGCUACCUGCAUGAUAACCGAAUUGUGCAUCGCGACAUUAAGGGGGACAACGUACUGAUCAACACCUUCAGCGGGCUGCUCAAGAUUUCUGACUUUGGCACCUCCAAGCGGCUGGCAGGCAUCACACCUUGCACUGAGACCUUCACAGGAACCCUACAGUAUAUGGCUCCAGAAAUCAUUGACCAGGGCCCACGAGGGUAUGGGAAGGCGGCUGACAUCUGGUCAUUGGGCUGCACUGUAAUCGAGAUGGCCACAGGUUGCCCACCCUUCCACGAGCUAGGGAGCCCACAGGCUGCCAUGUUUCAGGUGGGCAUGUACAAGGUGCAUCCACCAAUGCCCAGUUCUCUGUCAGCCGAGGCCCAAGCCUUCCUCCUACGAACUUUUGAGCCAGACCCCCGCCUCCGAGCCAGUGCUCAAGCACUGCUGGGGGACCCCUUCCUGCAGCCUGGAAAGAGGAGCCGAAGCCCUGGCUCCCCCCGACUUGUUCCACGGCACUCAGAGGCCCCUUCAGCCAGCCCUACUCCUUCAGCUGACUCAGCCACCCAGUCCCAGACAUUCCCGCACCCUCAGGCACCUUCUCAGUACCCGCCCAGUCCCCCGAAGCGCUGCCUCAGUUAUGGGGACACCAGCCAGCUCCGGGUGCCUGAGGAGCCUGGGGCCGAGGAGCCCACGUCACCUGAGGAAAGUUCAGGGUUGAGUCUACUUCACCAAGAGAGCAAGCGCCGGGCCAUGCUGGCCGAAGUGCUCAAGCAGGAGCUGCCCACACUGGCGGAGAAUCUGCGACUGGAGCAGGAACAGGGUCCCCGUCUGGGCAGGAAUCAUGUGGAACAGCUACUGCGCUGCCUCGGGGCGCACAUCCACACUCCCAACCGCAGGCAGCUGGCCCAGGAGCUGCGGGCCCUGCAAGGGCAGCUGCAGGCCCAGGGCCUUGGGCCUGCGCUUCUGCACGGACCACUCUUCGCUUUCCCUGAUGCGGUGAAGCAGAUCCUCCGCAGGCGCCAGAUCCGCCCACACUGGAUGUUCGUGCUGGACUCGUUGCUCAGCCGUGCUGUACGGGCAGCCCUGGCAGUACUGGUCCCAGAGGCGGAGAAGGAUAUAGUUCUACCAAAAUUAGAAAAGUCAAGUAAAGAGGAGUCCCAGCCAAAACAGCAGGAGACCCUGGCACAGCAGAACCUGCUCCCAAAGGAAUCUGAACAGGUCUCCCCACCUCUGAUGGUGCAGCUGGGUCUCUUGCGAGCAGAGACUGACAGGCUUCGGGAUAUCCUGGCUGAAAAGGAAUGGGAGUGCCAGGCCCUGGUACAAAAAGCUCUACAGCAGGUGAAUGAAAGGGCCAGGACUUGUGCCCUGGCCUCAGAGCCCCCAGCUGGUACAGUGGACAGGAGCCUGGUGCAGUGGCUACGGGAACUGAAUGUGGAUUCAGGCACCAUCCAGAUGCUGCUGAACCACAGCUUCACCCUCCAUGCCCUACUCACCUGUGCCACUAAAGAUGACCUCAUCUACACCCACAUCAGGGGAGGAAUGGUAUGCCGAAUCUGGAGAGCCAUCUUGGCACAGCGAGCAGGAUCCACGGCCAUUAUCCCUGGCCUCCAAGAGGCUGAAUGAGGGCAUCAGAGACAGGAGGCCAGACCCAAAGAUGGAUGAAUGGAGAAGACACAAGCAACUUUUGACACACCCGCCCCGGAACCCAGGAGCAACUAGAGGAGUCCAGGUGGUUGGGGGCAGGGUAGGGCCCAGGCCUACCCCCAGUGGGGUGAACCAACCAUAGAGAUGCCUCAGGCUCACUGAGCACCAUCAGGCAAAGACUAUUAAAUUGAACACUAUUGUA